CAUCAUCGCGCAAUUAGCCAAUCCUUACUUGCUGCAACCUCCACAAUCGCGUUCACGUCUACACAUUUCGAGGGAGGCUCUCUAAAACUGCCAUCAAUAUGGCCGCGGAUACUAAUGGUGAUGCAGCUGCAGUUUUGGAUGACAUCAAACCUCCCCAGGGUGUUGUCUUACCACCCAAAGAAUUCAGAACUAUCCUUGAGAAGACAGCCGGCUUCGUUGCCCGAAAUGGUAUCGCAUUUGAAGAUCGCGUCCGAGAAAAAGAGAAGAAUAAUCCUAAAUUCAGCUUCCUUAGCAAUGCCGACCCAUAUAACCCAUUCUAUCUAUGGAGGUUAAGCGAGAUCAAAGAGGGCCGCGGCACUGCCGUAGCUGCAGGCCGGGUAGGCGAAGCCGCUGCUGUUAUCGAAAAGAAGCCCGAAGGCCCUCCCAAACCUCCAGACUUCCAGUUUUCCGCGCGAAUGCCCAAUAUCAGCGCCCAGGAUCUUGAGGUUGUGAAAUUGACUGCGCUCUUCGUUGCAAAGAAUGGUAGGCAGUUCAUGACUGCACUCUCGCAAAGAGAGGCCGGUAACUACCAAUUUGACUUCCUGAGACCGAACCACAGUCUUCACAAUUUCUUCCAGCACCUCAUCGAUCAAUACUCGAUGCUUCUACGAGCCGGCGGUAUCGAUGGCGAAGGGGGAAAGGUUCAGCAAGAGAGGAUUGCUGAGCUACAGCAGAACAUUGAUGAUAAAUAUCGUAUUCUGAGUCGGGCGAGACAAAGGGCCGAAUGGUUGAAACACCAAGAGGACGAGAAGCAGAAGAAGGAGGAGGAUGAAGAAAAGGAACGACUAUCUUACGCUCAGAUUGACUGGCACGACUUCGUUGUUGUCGAGACCGUAGUCUUCACCGAAGCUGAUGACCAAGCAAACCUACCCCCACCGACUUCCCUCUCUGAAUUACAAUAUGCUUCCCUUGAACAGAAGGCCAAGGUCUCCGUCAGUGCUAACCUACGUAUUGAGGAAGCGAUGCCUACUGACGAAGACAACGCCUAUGGCGGGUACGCAGCACUACCCAAUUACAAUAUUCCUCAUCAUCCCGUACAACAAGGACAUCUACCAGGAGCUCAACCCCCGGCUCAAGGUGCGUAUCAGAUGGCCCCGCCGCCACGCCCCGGUGGCACUCAGGAGGAUGAGGAAGCACAGCGGAUACGAGAGAGAGAGGAAGCUCGUUUACGUAUGCAGCAUGCUCAGGCCGAAGCUAAGGGUGGUGCUGCUCCGAUGAAGAUCAAGGAAAAUUAUGUUCCUCGCGCGGCCGCGCGAGCGGCUAACCGACAAGGAACUCAGAUGGCCCUCUGUCCAAAUUGUCAUCAGCAAAUCCCGAUGAAUGAGCUAGAAGCGCACAUGAGGAUCGAGUUGCUGGACCCGCAGUGGAAGGAGCAGAAGGCCAAAGCCGAAUCGCGAUAUGCGACGACGAACCUGUCACAUUCUGAUGUUGCUAAUAACUUGAAGCGAUUCGCAAGCCAACGAGGAGACUUGUUCGACGGUGUUACCGGACAGCCCAUAUCUGAAGAAGAGAUGGCGAGAAGAAAGCGAGCAGCACUGAAUAGCUUCGACGGCAAUCCGGAUGGCCGGAGCCAGGCUCAUAUGAACCAUAUGCAGAGCGUGAACGUCGACGAACAGAUUGCCCGGAUCCACCAGAGGUUUGCCAAGGACAAUCAACAAGGCCAUUAAUGUCUUACCUAAUGACCGGUGCGUCUUAACAGCUGGUUAUGUGCUGAUAGAGGAAGCGAGUCAUGUCUAGAGAGUAUCGAGUAUGGGAUUUCGCGGAUAGACGAAACGUACCCGCUACUUAUCCUCACCUCAAAAAAUCUCAGGCUUCUUCUUUACGAUCACGCCGCAAAUUCGUGGAGGGAAAUCGGGGGAAACAGGACCAGUCACUGGAAGGCUAAACAGGUAAACAAUACCCAAAAAUAAUAGUUGGUCUAUAUUCAAAUUGCUCAUACUCUAAUACAGCGUUGUGCUCCCUGA